AUGAUAACACUCAAAUCUGUGAUUUGUCUGAUUUUACUAGUGCUUGUUUUUCAAACAGAGUGUAAAGGGAUUUGCUUAAAAAAUGAUAUACACGCAUUAAUUUUAGCACGAGGAGGAAGCAAGGGCAUUAAGCUAAAAAACUUAGCAGAAGUUGACGGUUUAUCGCUCUUGGCACGAACAAUUAUAACAAUUAGGAAUUCUUCUUGUUUUAAACACAUUUGGGUUUCCACAGACGACAAAAGAAUUGCAACAGAAGCGCAAAAGUACGGUGCCCUUGUACAUGAACGACCUGAAAAAUUCGCAAGAGACGAUACUCCCUCAAUUCACGCAAUUACUGAGUUUCUCGAUGUUCAUAAAAAUAUUCAAGAUUUUGCACUUUUUCAAUGCACAUCCGUGUUCUUAAAGACAAACUACAUUCAAGAAGCUGUUAAAAAGUUUGCGUUUCAUGAUUGUGUUUUUGCUGCGAAGAGGUCUCAUUAUCUACGAUGGAAAAUGGUAGACGAUUUGUUGGUGCCUGCGGAAUUUGAUUUAAAUGCCAGACCAAGACGUCAGGAUUGGAAGGGAGAUAUUGUGGAAACAGGAAUGUUUUAUUUUUCAAGGAGGCGAUUGGUUGAAAGCGGAUUGUUACAAAAUAACAGGUGCUCCAUUGUUGAAAUAGAUUCUCAAGACAGUUUGGAAAUUGAUUCGAGUCAUGAUCUGUUAAUGGCCAAAUAUAUUUUAAGUAGUCGAACUAAAACGGAUUUAUAACUCUGAAUGAAUUUUUUUUUAUCAAAAUGUAAAGUUUUUUUUAAAGUAAAUGUAUUUUUGUAUUGUUGUAUUAAAACUAACAAUUUUUACAUUGCAUCCUGAUAAUAAUUAAAUAAAUUUAAGGCUACAAUGA